UCAUAAUCACCAUAAAAAUGGCUUGUCGGUUAAUAGUCCUUAUCCUCCUAACAGCACCAUUCAUUUACUGUCAAAAAGUAAUUACUAUUUUAUCGGAUUUUAAUAAUGAUAAAGACGUAGAGUUUUUUAAAACAACACUUCCGUGGAUUGUUGACAAUAUUGGUUCUGAUAUCGAUUUGAAAUUUCAUUUUAAAGAUAGUGGCAUAAAAUCAGGUCCGAGACAGUGCGUUCUAUUUCAGUUGUCAAGAAAUACAUAUCUUCAAGUCGAUUACUUAAGCUGUGAAGCAAAUGGUAAUGCAUAUACUGAAUGUAUAAAACAUCUACCUAUCGAUAUACCUCGUUUACAUAGGUGCUUAAGAUCAAAUGUUAAGAGGAUUGUUAAAAAUGCUGAAAGAGAAUUUAAAAGAUUUAAAGCAAGUGUCACUCCGGUUUUAAUUCUCCCGAGGCGAAUAAUUAUAAAUGAUAACUUGCCACAAAAUAUUUUAAAAAGUAUAUGUGAUUUAUAUCCUAGGCAAUACCCUAUGCGACCAAUAGGUUGUAUUAAAACCUCUCCUCUUCCUGGUAAAAAUCAAGAAGAAGAAAAGAGUGAGCCGGAAGGUAAAGAAAAACAAAAUGACGAUAAUAGUAAGCCAGAGAGUGAAAUAAAACCAAAAGAAGAAAAAAGUGAGCCGGAAGGUAAAGAAAAACAAAAUGACGAUAAUAGUAAGCCAGAGAGUGAAAUAAAACCAAAAGAAGAAAAAAGUGAGCCGGAAGGUAAAGAAAAACAAAAUGACGAUAAUAGUAAGCCAGAGAGUGAAAUAAAACCAAAAGAAGAAAAAAGUGAGCCGGAAGGUAAAGAAAAACAAAAUGACGAUAAUAGUAAGCCAGAGAGUGAAAUAAAACCAAAAGAAGAAAAGAGUGAGCCGGAAGGUAAAGAAAAACAAAAUGACGAUAAUAGUAAGCCAGAGAGUGAAAUAAAACCAAAAGAAGAAAAAAGUGAGCCGGAAGGUAAAGAAAAACAAAAUGACGAUAAUAGUAAGCCAGAGAGUGAAAUAAAACCAAAAGAAGAAAAAAGUGAGCCGGAAGGUAAAGAAAAACAAAAUGACGAUAAUAGUAAGCCAGAGAGUGAAAUAAAACCAAAAGAAGAAAAAAGUGAGCCGGAAGGUAAAGAAAAACAAAAUGACGAUAAUAGUAAGCCAGAGAGUGAAAUAAAACCAAAAGAAGAAAAGAGUGAGCCGGAAGGUAAAGAAAAACAAAAUGACGAUAAUAGUAAGCCAGAGAGUGAAAUAAAACCAAAAGAAGAAAAAAGUGAGCCGGAAGGUAAAGAAAAACAAAAUGACGAUAAUAGUAAGCCAGAGAGUGAAAUAAAACCAAAAGAAGAAAAAAGUGAGCCGGAAGGUAAAGAAAAACAAAAUGACGAUAAUAGUAAGCCAGAGAGUGAAAUAAAACCAAAAGAAGAAAAGAGUGAGCCGGAAGGUAAAGAAAAACAAAAUGACGAUAAUAGUAAGCCAGAGAGUGAAAUAAAACCAAAAGAAGAAAAAAGUGAGCCGGAAGGUAAAGAAAAACAAAAUGACGAUAAUAGUAAGCCAGAGAGUGAAAUAAAACCAAAAGAAGAAAAGAGUGAGCCGGAAGGUAAAGAAAAACAAAAUGACGAUAAUAGUAAGCCAGAGAGUGAAGCAAAACCAAAAGAGGAGAAGAGUGAAGAAAAAGAAAACAAAGAACAGAGUCAGCCAGAGAGUGAAGCAAAACCAAAAGAACCAAAGUAACAGGAUGAAUUCGAUGAAAAUAAUUAAAUGAAAAAUGAACAUAUGAAUAAAAUUUUAUAAAUUU